AUGCCGCUUCCAGAAGAAAACAACAUUGGAUUGACGGAAAACAUGUUGAUAUCCGAAGAGUUGGCGUACGACAAUGAAUCAUUCAAGGCAAAGCAUGAAACAUUGGUAACUCAAUUGACGGACGAACGGAAGGUUGUUUACGACUCUGUGAUUAAUGAUAUUGGUUCUAAUGGAGGGAGAUUGUUUUUUGUGUAUGGUUACAGAGGAACAGGCAAGACGUUCGUGUGGAGAACAUCAUCUUUAAAGAUAAGGAGCCGCAAAGAUAUUGUUCUAAACGUUGCUUCAAGUGGAAUAGCAUCUUUGCUAUUGCCGGGUGGCAGGACGACGCAUUCUCGAUUUGCUAUACCACUCUCAGUGAAUGAAGAUUCCACCUGCAAUAUAUCGCAAGGAAGUGACAUUUGCGAACUUAUAAUCAGGAGCAAAUUGAUAAUAUGGGAUGAAGCACCGAUGACACACAAAUACUAUUUUGAGGCUUUAGACAAAACCAUGAGGGAUAUAUUGAGAUUCACCAUACCUAGUAGUGAUCAGAAAACAUUUGGUGGAAAGACACUAGUAUUAGGCGGUGAUUUUAGACAGAUUCUUCCAGUUAUUCCAAAAGCAACGAGACCAAUGGUUGUGGGAGCCACUAUUAAUUCUUCAUACCUCUGGAGGAAUUGCAAGGUAUUGAGGCUCACGAAGAACCUGAGACUACAGAGCUUAGCUUCAAACAAAGAUAGACAGACGGUUGAUUGGUUCUCAAGAUGGAUUGCAGACAUCGGAGAUGAGAUUACAGGGUUUGUAAACAAUGGUUUGUUUGAGAUCGAUAUUCCACCAAGGUUUAUGUUGAAGUGUGGACCUGAUCCAAUUGCAACUAUAGUUGAAAGCAUCUUCCCAACCGCGAAGUAUGAAAUGCUAGAAGAGUCGCACCUAGAAGGACGAGCGAUCCUCUCACCGACAUUAGAUGUUGUUGAUCAAAUUAAUCAGUAUAUGUGUGACAUGAACACUACAGAAGGUCAGACGUAUUUAAGCUGUGACUCUUUGUGUAAGGCAUAA